AUGAAUGCUAAGGCAUUUGUGUAUCGUGGAUGCAGGCUGAGUUAUGACACGCGAAUGCAACAAAGUUCACAGGAGACGCAAAUGAUGAAGGACCAACGAGGCUGGACGAGCGACGAAGAUGAUGUGCUGUUGUCAACCGAGAAGUUCGUGGAACUNAGGUUCCUGCUGACGGUGCUGACGUGCGCCUGCGUCAGCCAAUCAGAGCUGGCGGUUGGCUCGUCCCGCCGCCGACGUCAGGCCUCGUCAGACGUGAUGCAAAAGAGCGGCAAAAUCACGUCGAGUCGUCGUGCUGACGCCAGCCUUGUCGAUGACGAGUCUCAGCAUCAGGCCAAGCAUCAGCAUCGCAGUCAGCAUCAUAAACAACAUAAGAUGGCAUCCCUGCAGCAGCAUCAACAGGGAGAACAGCUACAGGAGUUAGAGCAACAGCUGCAGCAGCAUCAACAUGGAGAACAGCUGCAGCAGCUGAAGCAACAGCAACAACAGUCGCAAGAGCAAGAGCAAUACGAGUGCAGAUCUCCUGGCGGUCCCCUUAAGACGCCGCUGCAGGUGCAGGAGCCGCUGCAGGUGGAGAGACAUGGCGUCAUCCUGCACGACGUAGAGCAGGUCAACAACGAAGUUAAACCUGCUUUAGCCUGCCGACCUGCACUGACCUGCAUUCUCAUUCGCAACUGUGGACAGCAUUUCACUGCCUCCACCUGCUCAGUUUACGGACCUGCAGUGACUUUGCCAUGCUACGGACCUGCAGUGACUUCGCCAUGCUACGGACCUGCAGUGACUUGCUAA